CAGUUUGUGCCACAUAUCCGUCUGGAAGCGAUAACUUUGUACAGUCACACUGAAAGUAGUCCACCGGGUCAGGCUGCACUCUUCUCCUGCAGGAUGUUUUCCCGGGAAUGUUACUCUUUAUCUGGAUAUCGUCUGUUGGAGUAUGAGCACGAAGCUCGGGCAUAAGUCCGUUUUGGGAAACUUUUACGGCUUAGUAGCUAACGAAGAAUAGCUAGUUAACGAGCCGUAGCGAAAAUUAGCUUACUAAGCUAACAAUCGUAUUCAAUGAGAGGAGGAGUGGGCUAUUCUGCAGGUUUAUUUGUACGCAGGCUACCUUUAGUUUUUUGACAAUGGUUUAGCUUUCCACAACCAGCUUGCGUAGUUUGGAAGCCCUGUAUGGCAGCACUGAAGCAUGGAUAACGAUAAGCAGGAUUUGUAUUGGAGGUGGAUAUUUGUCUUCUUAUCAUUUUUGGGCGAUUGAAUUUAAUUAAAUACAUAACAUGAGGUUGGCAGGAAAAUUCCCAGAGGAACCGGUGUGUUAAACUCAGAUUAUCGAUCAUUUUCCCGAAGAAUGUCCGACCCAGAAAGUUCCAGUUCAUAUUUUGGGUUGGAGGAUCCGCAGUGGCUAUGUAUGGUCACGUUGUUUAUCGCCUCCCUGGUUACUCUUAUACUGUAUUUCGUACAGUAUUUCCAACAUAGACUUAUAGGAAAUAAGCAGGGAGCAGCAGAAGGGGACAAUGCUGCGACAGAGGAGGAGGAAGCCGCCGCUCUGCUGGGAUGGGCGCUGUCACUGAAAAGCUGGAAGAGUCAGUGGAGAAGAGCUUGGUGCAUAGCUUUGAAUGACGAAGCAAGGAAGCGAAAGGGUGCUGUUCUGCUGGCAUUUGAAGAGGAUGGUCUCGAGGCUUCAGAUCUCACGCUUAGCAGGGUCUCCAGCUUUCAGAAGUCUGCCGGCAACAAGGCCGCUUCCUGCUGUGUGGUUGGGGAGAAGCUUCAGUUCUCUCUGAGCACUGCAUCGACAGCCAUGGCUACAGCAGAUCCUUGUAAAUAUACUGUGUGUAUAGCUCCAUUGGAGCUGCAGCUUCAUCUACACAUGCAGGAAUCUGAAGAUAAGGUCAAGGUAAGCUGGGAAGUGUCUCAUCUAGAGGUGGAGGAGCUUCAGGUGAUGCCCGCUUUCACUCAGGACAAUGCAGCCAUAAAGGAGCAGCUGAAGCAGCUUUUGUGUGUGUCGCAUCCCUCUGUGCUGCUGAGCUGCAGGCCUGCUCAGGCCUCAGAGGUCAAGGAAAGCCAGAAUAAAGUGGUAUCGCCCCCAAAGCCCCCACGCGCCCAUGAGUGGAAGCUGCUGGUGAAAAACAUCCGAGUCACACUCAACCAGGAGGAAGAUGCUGCAGGCAGCAUGAAUCCUCUGUGUGUGCUGCAGUUAGAUGAUCCUCCUCAGAGGUUCAACACUUCUGUUUCGAAGAACACGACGAGUCCUGCCUGGGACCAGCCGUUUAUUUUUGAACUGAAUGGACGAUCGAAGGAGCUCAAUAUUCAGUUGAUGAACGAUGGACAUCCUCCAGAGAAGUCCUUACUUGGUCAGGUGUUGGUGCCUUUUGAUCUUGUGAAGAAGCACCCCAAAGGACAGCGUACAUUUGAACUCGUGACCAAAGAUGUAGUGACCGGAUCACUGACUACUGACUUUACCUACCUGGAGCCGAGUGAGGUGAGGUCUUGGCAACCUCCUACCCCAGCCUCUAAUAAGAGGGUGGAGAUGGACCGCACGGUCAUGCCCUGUGGCACAGUGGUUACCACGAUCACAGCGGUGAAGAGCAAGCCGGGUCGACCACUCCCACUCAAUAUAGAUCCUGCCCAGAAGGCCGUGGUCAACAAGCCCAAGCUGGGGGAGCGUCGCGUCUCCGAGCAGGUGUCUAUGUUAGGGGGCACUGUGAGUAAGGCCCUGUCCUCCUCCGACACGGAGCUGUUGAUGCUCAAUGGGACAGACCCUGUGGCCGAAGCCGCCAUAAGACAACUCCACCAGUCUGCUAAACAGAAGCUCAAGUCCCCGGUGAAGAAGAGUACCAUCAUCAUCUCGGGCAUCGCCAAAACGCCUCUGUCUCAGGAUGAUGAGCUGGCUAUGAUGGCAGGUUACGCUGCAGCAAUGGACGCAUCAAUGUCAGAGAGCAGCUCUACUCAGGAUGUGACCACAGCGAUCGCAUCGGGGACUAGUACCCCUCCGGAGAUGUCGGAGCCCACGGAAGGUCCCAGAGUUGAAGGGCGGCCUCCGGAGGACUGGGAGAGCCAAACUGGCGAGGAACAAGACAAUGCUUCACUGUCCAUGUGUGUGUCUGAGGCGAGCUGCAAGAAGAGCAGAGGCAGCUUCCUGCAGAAGAGCGCCAAGCUCUUCUUCCGACGUCGUCACCAGCGCAAAGACCCGGGGAUGAGCCAGUCACACAAUGACCUGGUUUACCUGGAGUCUCCGGCCGCAGUGGAGCGAGCGAGCCGAACAGCCACGCUCAGCCGCAUGCUCAACCGCAAGAGUAAGAGUAAGAGUAAAGCCAACGGCUCUACCUCUGUGGGGGAGCCACACGCGUGACCCCCCCACUGUCCCUCGCUCACCUUGACCUCAGUCCCUACCACUUCAACUACCAUCAUCACCUCCACCUCAAAUUGCACUGGCAAACAUCUUGACUAACCUACUCCCCUCUAAUGGCUGACCUGCAUACUGGGGCUGCUGCACUGUGGAUGGGCAACAAAAAAAGUGAUAUUUUAAGGCUUCAAAUAAGAAGCCACCAACAGCAAGCGUGUGCAUGUGUGGAUGAUCCUGCCCUGGAUUGAUUUCAGAGAUUAGUCCUUUUUAUUUGAUUUUAUUCAACAUUUCAAAAUCUUUAAGUGCUUUUACAGCUGUGUUAUGGACAGAAGGGACCGCCGCGCGCCAUCACUCUUUACCUCACUGAAAGCUGAGGGCGGAUUCAAAACUCUCCCUGCUGUAAACCGUAAGUUGCCUACGGUGACUCAACAGGACCAAAGACGAAGAGCCGAGUGGUGUUUGUAUGAUUUGCACAGUUUUUAGUACCUUUUAAAUUAAAGUGCAAUGACAGGAGCAACUCUUGUGCAAGAGACUGUAGUUCAUUCACAAAGGGAGACGAUCGUUUCACUGCAAGACUGCUGUACGUGGGAGCAGCAUGACUACUUGUUGACACUAAUAUGAAAUCAUUUGUUUAUUACUCGAUGAUAUUCCCAAAUAAAGCUAGAUCCAGUGUGUUCAUGA